GCUGCUGUCGUCGUUCCGCUGCUGCCAUUACUCCGCUGCUGGUAUAACUUCGUUGCUGCCGUCUAUCCGCUGCUGCUUAAGUCAUCGUGGGAAUGAGCUGCCGCUGUAUCCUGUGCCAGAGGGACGUAAGCGCCGGCAAACAGCCGACGCACCAGGUUCAUUGGUCGCCGAGGGAUGCCACAGAAAGUAUUCAGCGACAACGCAACCAACUUUGUCGGCGCCGACCGCAAGCUGCGCGAGCUGAAGGAGGCGUUCCUAGCGCAAGCGCCAGAACUAAUGGGGUUCGCAGCCGAAGAAGGAUUCAGCUUCGGCUUUAUACCACCCAGGGCGCCGCACUUCGGCGGAUUAUGGGAGGCGGCCGUGAAGUCCGCCAAGCAUCUGCUCGUCCGCGCACUCGGCAACGCUCUACUCACGACGGAGGAGCUAUCAACACUACUGGCCGAAGUGGAGGCCAUUCUGAACUCUCGUCCCCUAGCACCGUUGGGACAGGACCCCAACGACGGAGAAGCACUAACUCCAGCGCACCUUUUAAUCGGUUGCCCUCUGCGAGCGCUGCCACCAGCACAAGUGCCAACGGACCCAAUUCGUUGCUGCGAGAGAUGGCAACUUGUUUGCUGUCUCAAGCAACAGUUUUGGCGACAGUGGUCCAAAACCUACAUGACGGGCCUUCAGGAACGCAACAAAUGGCUGCACCCCAAACGCAACCUGCAGCCAGGCGAUCUCGUCCUCGUCCACGAGGACAACGUGCCGCCACAGCAGUGGGUACUCGGACGCGUCGUCGCCGCCGUCGAAGGGCAAGACGGCAAGGUGCGAGUCGCAGAAGUAGCAACCAAGACGGGCACGAUUAAGCGCCCCAUCCACAAACUGGCUGUCCUUCCACUGGAUAUUGAAGGAAUCUGAUCCUGUCAAGGUGGCCGGUGUUGCGUCAAGCGACAAAAUAUAUAUUUAAACCUAAAACUGAAAUUAAGAAAAAUGAAUUGUAAAAAAUUAUAAAUAUUGAAUUACAUUAGUAUUGUAUACUUACCCUAAUAAUAUUAAAAAUACUUACCAUAAUCUAUUACUUUAAGUUAAAAUGAAUUACUCACCUCUUUUUGUACAUACCUGUAUACUUCCAUUCCAACUGUUCUAUCCCGUUAGUUUUAAGACUUAGGCUAAGUAACUAGAUGAGCUGAAAUAAAGAAAUAAUUGUUAUUUGACCGCAAUUGAA